AUGGGUCAAGGGCAAUCUGGCAUGGGAGGCGGUGAUGGCCGUGAUGACAAGGACAAGAAGAAGGACAAGCCCAAGUACGAGCCGCCGCCGAGGCCUACCACGCGCGUCGGUCGAAAGAAGAGAAAGGCCGGGGGCACCAGCGCUGCUGCCAAGCUACCGGCCGUCUAUCCUACCAGUAGAUGCAAACUCCGUCUUCUACGAAUGCAGAGAAUCCACGAUCACCUGCUUCUAGAAGAGGAAUAUGUUGAAAACCAGGAGCGCUUGCGCAAAGCCAAAGCAGCCAAGGAGGGCGCGGCGACUGGACCCGACGCCGACGUGGACAGGUUAGCCGAUGAGCGGGGGCGUGUCGACGAUAUGCGGGGAAGCCCGAUGGGCGUGGGGACGCUGGAGGAGCUCAUCGACGAUGACCACGCCAUCGUCAGUAGCACAACUGGUCCCGAGUACUACGUCAGUAUCAUGAGCUUCGUCGACAAGGAUCUCCUGGAGCCCGGCGCCAGCGUACUACUUCACCAUAAGAGCGUUAGCAUCGUUGGCGUCCUGACAGACGAUACUGAUCCCAUUGUCAGCGUGAUGAAGCUUGACAAGGCACCCACCGAAUCGUACGCAGACAUUGGUGGCCUGGAGUCGCAAAUCCAGGAAGUCAGGGAAUCCGUUGAGCUGCCAUUACUCCACCCUGAACUGUACGAGGAAAUGGGCAUCAAGCCCCCCAAGGGUGUCAUUCUCUACGGGGCUCCAGGAACUGGCAAGACUUUGCUCGCCAAGGCCGUUGCGAAUCAGACAUCGGCCACGUUUUUGCGAAUUGUGGGCAGCGAACUGAUUCAGAAAUACCUGGGUGACGGGCCACGUCUUGUGCGACAGCUGUUUCAGGUUGCGGGAGAGAAUGCGCCCUCGAUUGUCUUUAUUGACGAAAUCGAUGCUAUUGGUACGAAACGCUACGACUCCACAUCUGGAGGUGAGAGAGAAGUUCAGCGAACCAUGCUGGAGCUCUUGAACCAGCUGGACGGUUUCGAUGACCGCGGCGACGUCAAGGUCAUCAUGGCAACCAACAAGAUUGACACCUUGGAUCCGGCCCUCAUCCGACCCGGCCGUAUCGAUCGCAAGAUCUUGUUUGAGAACCCGGACCAAAACACGAAGAAGAAGAUCUUCACCCUGCACACGUCCAAGAUGAGCUUGAACGACGACGUGGAUCUGGAAGAGUUCAUUUCACAAAAGGACGACCUGUCCGGUGCGGAUAUCAAGGCCAUAUGCUCGGAAGCUGGCAUGAUGGCCCUGCGGGAGCGGCGCAUGCGUGUGCAAAUGGCGGAUUUCCGGUCCGCCAGAGAGCGUGUCCUGCGCACCAAGCAGGAGGGUGAGCCCGAGGGCCUGUAUUUGUAG